UAUAUGAUAUUCAGGAUCGCGAGAGCUAUGAACAGGCUCAGCAAUGGGUGACAGAGCGCAGAGAGAAAAUUUCGAGAGAGCUGGUGAUUGUUUUAGCUGGCAAUAAGGCGGAUAUGGACCCAAGACGCGAGGUCACAAAGUUUGAGGCCGAAGAAUAUGCUACGCAACAUAAUUUGAUAUUCCUGGAAACGUCUUCGGUGAACGGCAUGAAUGUCAACAACUGUUGCACAGAAAUGGCUAAGGCACUGUAUGCACAGCAUAUUCAGAGUCAACAAAAAAGCUCAAAUUUAAUGGAAAUUGAACAUGAAGAAAUACAGCCAAGUUUUUUCAAUUGCUUUAAAUCGCAUAGCAAUGCUUCAUAGUUGAAUGAAACGGAAACAUCGCGUUCGAAAUUCGAAUUUCGGGGUUCCCCCACAGUGUCAAAUAUCAACAUGUUAAGUUGGCUGCGCCUGA